AUGCUAGCAUUCCUCAUUUGCAUCGUGGCAGUGCAUCAGGUGCACUCAGCAUGUGUUUUGGUGAGCAUUUGCCCACAAAAUGCAACGGUUCAGGCUGAGAUCGUAGACGUGCACAAUGCGUUCAGGAGAGCGGUUCAGCCUUCGGCGUCUGACAUGCUGAUAAUGAGCUAUAGCGACGAGGUAGCAGCCAGUGCUCAGGCUUGGGUUGACCAGUGUAUUCUGGAUCAUGGAGCACCCAGCACCCGCCUGCUCAAUGGAUAUCACUUGGGCGAGAAUCUGUUCUAUGCAUCUUCUCUUAAGUCGUGGACUGAUGUCAUCGAUGCGUGGCAUAGUGAGGUAGAACGCUACAAUUACCCCACUGGAUCCACCAAUGGAAAAUCUAUUGGUCACUAUACACAGGUCAUAUGGAACAGCUCAUACAAAGUUGGCUGUGGAGCAACGCUGUGCCCUAACAACAUCUAUUACUAUGGCUGCCAUUAUUAUCGCGCAGGAAACUUCAGGCGAUGGGCGCCUUACACACUUGGAUCCCCAUGUGGCUCCUGUCCUAACAACUGCGUGGACAAACUCUGCAACAACCCCUGUCCAUAUAUAGACCAUUACAUCAACUGUCCAAUCUUGAAAAACACCACUGGAUGCAGUAAUGAGCUGGUGAAGGCUUGGUGCCCUGCUUCAUGCACAUGCACCACCGAGAUCAUUCCAAUAGGCUAA